CCAAGCAGGCUUGGAGAGGAGAGACAAUACGCUAUGGCGCUCAUCAGCAACAUUGUUUGUCCACCGCCGAUUUCUGGAUCCGAGGCAUUGUUCGAGUGCGGUUCAUGAUUGGGAACAGGUCCUGAUUCCGGAGACUCGCCUUCCAUCCUUAGCUUGGCAGACCUGCCUCGCACUCCCUGUCUCUUGACACUGCUGCCCAACAGCUCAUCCUUCAAUCUCUCGCUGUGUGUCCUUCAGACCAUCGAGACAUCCCCGCUUGAUCUUGGAGCUACCUUUCGCGAUAUACACAUCGCUUGCUCAUCCAUUGUGACCCUCCAUCUUCUUGGACAUGGCAGAGACCGACGCUGACACUGAUACCGACACCAUCGUCGGGGACGCCGACGCCACUCUCCGCCGAGAUCUCAAGUCGCACCAUCUCCAAAUGAUUGUCAUAGGCGGCACGGUUGGGACAGGCUUGUUUCUCGCUUCCGGAGGCAACAUCGCCUCGGCCGGCCCGCUCGGGGCACUCGCUGCCUAUCUACUGGUGGGAUUGCUGGUGUAUUGCACCACCUCAUGCCUGGGAGAAAUGUCGACCUACAUUCCCAUCAGCGGCGGUCUCAGCCACUUUGCCGGCCGCUUUGUGGAUCCGGCCCUGGCUUUUGCACUCGGCUGGAACUACUGGCUUUCAUGGAUCGUGACAAUCGGCGUUGAAAUGGCGGCGGCCGGGAUCGUCAUCUCGUUCUGGAGCCCGAGCCUGCCCACCCUGUUGAUGCCGAUCCUGCUCUUUGUCGGCAUCAUCGGACUCAACUGCCUCAACGUGCGCUAUUAUGGCGAGAUCGAGUUCUGGCUUGCCAUGAUCAAGAUCGUCAUGUGCGUGAUGUUCAUAUUUGUGUCGAUCCUGUUCAAUGUGGGAUUUUUGGGCAGCUCGCGCCAGUACAUUGGAUUUCGCUACUGGCAGAGUCCCGGUGCCUUCAAUGGCGACGCCCCGGCGUUCUUCCAUGUCAUGAUCGCCGCGGCUUUCUCUUUCCAGGGCACCGAGCUACUUGGAAUCGUAGCCGGAGAGGCCGAGAAUCCGAGCAAGUCGAUUCCCAAGGCCAUCCGGAGCGUGCCGUGGCGCAUCCUUCUCCUGUACAUCUCCGUGAUCUUCAUGAUCGGCAUCAACAUCCCCUUCAAUGACGCCGAGCUCGGCAGCCAGAGCGGCGAGGAUCCAAAGUACUCGCCCUUCACCUUGAUCCUGUCGCGGGCUGGGUCCAACCUGGGCUCGCACUUGGUCAACGCCGUGGUGCUGACUGCCGUGCUUUCGGCCUGCAACUCGGAUCUGUACUCGUGCUCGAGGACCUUGCGCACACUCGCCAUCGAGGGCAAGGCGCCAGCGCUCUUUAGUCGGGUUAACGGUCAGGGUGUGCCUAUUCUGGCCGUCUUGGCCUCGGGCUUGAUCGGAGGCACUGCCAUGAUCGCCGUUGUGGCUUCGGGAAGCGCCAGUGCAUUUGUUUGGCUACUGAACUUUAGCGGUGUCGUUGGACUUCUUUCCUGGAUGUCGAUUGGAAUCUCCUCGCUCCGCUUUCGUCUCGCGCAUGCCGCCCAAGCCCGCAAGCAGGAGAAGCUGGACCAUCGUGCGCCCUUCUUUCCGCUUCCACACUGCAUCACCAUCGGCGGCUGUAUCUUGCUUGUGAUUCUACAGGGCUACUCGACCCUGGCCACCCCGGGCUCCCACGGGAGCGAUCUGUUCUCUGCCUACUGCGGCAUCUUGCCCUUCACGCUGGCCUAUCUGGGCUACAAGCUCACCAAAGGCACCAAGCUCGUGGCGCUUGAGGAGGUCGACUUGGACACCGGCCGGCCCAGGGUCGCUCCCUGGAUCAAGAGCAGCUUGGACAGCAGUGCCCGCAGCAACGAGAUCAUAUAGCUAUCCGCGGGCGUCGGUGCGGAUCGAAGGCACGAUGGCAUUUGUCAACCUGUCCAUUUGGUUCUCUGGUUCAUUCAAUGCCGUCACUGACUCCCAAGUUGCGCCGAUGAAUCCAGUGGAAGUGACCAAGUCAAACCAAAGCCAAAGCCAUCAAGUGCAAUAAAGCGCCACAUUCACACCAAUGUCUCUUUGACACAGUCGGCGAAUAUAAGGUACUCUCCCAGUGAAGAGCAUCAU